AUGUCCAGUACUGUCGUGAGCCAUGUAAAUGGCCAGAAUGGCAAUAUAUCUUCGCCAGAGAUAGCGAACGGUCGAGAUACAGGCAACAAGGAUGAAAUCGACAUCUUCAACGCCAGCUCUGUGGCCGAUAUCAAAGCGACUCUCUCCCAGCUACAGAACAGAGAAGCGCUAGUGACAGCUCGCCUCGAUGCUCUGGUGGCCUCCCAGAAGGAUCUCUCGCGAGAACUCGGCCGUCUUGACCUACUACGAGCCCAUUUGGGGACCCAAGCCAGCAACACUCGCACAAUUAGCCAUGACAUGCUAUCCGGGGCUGCCUCGUCUGCUCACAUCCUCUCCAGCGCCGUGAAGAAGCUCGACCUCGAACAAUCCCGCGUGAAGUCGAUACUGGAUAUGGUGGGACAGGUCGCAGAGCUGAAGACCUGUGUGCUUGGAGUUGCAGGCUCAAUGGGUGCACCACAGAAUUGGGAGAUGGCAGCCUCUUAUAUACAUCGAGCGUCAAAGAUACCAGAGGACGUUAUAAACAGCCCCUUCGCCGCAGAGAUUGUGCCUACAACUGAGGUCCCAGACACUCCUAAUGUGACGCUCUCCAACGCUGCAGAGUCCCUGUGCGCCCUUUUUCUGCGAGAGUUUGAGCUCGCAGUCAAGGAAAAUGAUGGGGCAAAGAUCACUCGGUUUUUCAAGCUGUUUCCAUUAAUUGGAAAGUCGGGCGUUGGGCUCGACGUCUAUGGUCGAUAUGUAUGUCAGGGAGUAGCCGCAAGGGCUCGCUCGAAUCUCAACGCAGGGACUGGAGGAGCACAAGCAAAGGAUGAUUUCUUCUAUGCAAAUGCAUUAUCGAGACUGUUUGAACACAUUGCUCAAAUUGUAGAAGCUCACGGUGCCUUGGUAGAAAGACACUACGGCCCAGGGAAAAUGAAUCGAGUCGUCGAAAGGCUACAGGUCGAGGCAGAUGUCCAGGGAGGGAUAAUCCUGGAGUCAUGGGCUGAAGAACGACAUUUAGAUCGAAAGCUGACGGAUAUAAAAUCCUAUGCUUUUACAUUCUUGGUUCAGAGCUUUCUACCUGCCGCUAGAGGAGCUGGUACUCCACGGUCAAACUCUCCUGCCAGCUGGGAAACACAGCAACGCAACAGUGAGGACGAAGGAGUGGAUAUGAAGGAGAUAGAUUCUAUCUUGAAUGAGAUCUCAAUUAUGCUGGGCCGAUGGUCCCUUUAUGGGAGGUUCUUGGCUAGUAAAUGUAAAGAAGAGGAUGCAAUAGUCGAUGAUCUUGAGCUACCGUCAUUUUUGACUGGGUCUCCGCUAGCUCAGAAGGUAGACUCAAAGCUGCUCUCGCCUUAUAACGCCAUGACGACCUUCUUCCUUCGUCGUUCGGUGGAAAAGGCCUUCCAGCUGGACGAACCCCCAUCUGAACUAACAUUAGAUCUUCGGAAAACAUUGGUAUCUAACCCGCCGCAUAUUACAUCUGUUGUUGACGAUAUCAUGUAUAUUGUGAAUAAAGUCAUACAACAGACACUAGCCACAUCUCAGCGCUCGGCAGUGACCAGCGUAGUGCCUACAAUUGCUCGUGUGCUUGGUGCAGAUUUCAUUGGCAUGGUUCACCGGAAAAUGCGUGAUGAAACUAACCCAAGGCCCGUUGUACCAGGCGGCCAGCCUCCCGCUGCGACAGUUAUCUCCUUCCUUGUACUUGUCAAUAACCUGGACGUUGCCGUCGACUACCUGGAGCGCAUCGUGAAGCGGCAUAUGGAAUCAGCAGAUGUCGGUGGCGAUAAUUCGAGUGAUACCAAUUCUCAGUCACGAAUAUCUACACUAUUCCCCCUUGCGGACGACGCGCAGGUGGUUUUAAGUACAUUACGAUCACUAUCGGCCACGUUCACAUCCAAAGCCCAGGAUCUCAUUGGCGACGGAAUACAGGUUAUAUUCAACAACGUAUUAAAAGCUCGGCUCCGCCCUAUUCUCGCUGACGCCUUCCGGGACAUUGAGUAUCAGCUGCAAGACGGUGAGGCAGAAGAUGGUGUAUACGGAGCGGUGUCCGGGGAUGGAGAGGACGACGGCCUGAUGUCCCACGAAGCUGAGUCUCACAGCAUAGUCCGUCAGCGAUUCGCGGCCGGUUGGCGAGACCUCAUGCUGCCGAUAGCUCGCAUAUUGACUGGCAACACCUUUGACCGUUUGCUUGGUUUAACGCUUGGGUCGCUAUCUAAGCUGCUGGAGAAACGACUGUGGUCUUACCACGGCCGCGUCAAUGCAUUGGGAACCACAAAAUUGGAGCGAGACGUUACUGGGAUAAUUACUGCUGCUGUAGAUGUGGCCGAGGGCCAGCAUCACGGCUCUGUGUCUGGGGAGAGAGACGGUAGUAUUGGUGGCAGAGCGGGCCGAUACCGUCACCGCGAGACGUUCGCCAGAUGUGCCCAGAUGGUGAUGAUCAUGGGUAUGGAAGAUGAAGAGUGGGAGGAGAUCUCGCAGUCUGACGGGGGCGUCGUGGACCGACUAUCAGCAGAAGAACGAGCCCGCGCUAGAGCUAUGGUCACCUAG